AUGAAGAACCAAAGGAAUAGCAGAGAAAUUCUUUGGUUUGGCGGAGAAUUUAGUUUCUUCGACAGCUAUGAUUUCUGGAGUGGACAAUGGAUUGAUGGGUUUAAUCUCUUCAUUGAAAUGAGGAGGGCAGGGGUUGAUAUUGUAGACCCUUUUAUUCUUUCAAGCAUUGUUGGAGCCUCAACUAAUUUAGCAGCAUUGGAGCUUGGAGAACAGAUCCAUUGCUUAGUUUUAUCUCUUGGUUAUGAAUAUAGUUUAUUUGUUAGUAAUGCACUUGUUGAUAUGGAUGCUAAAUGUAGUGACAUACUAGCAACGAAGACUAUUUUUGAUACUAUGUGUCGAAGAGAUAUAGUUUCUUGGACUUCAAUUAUAGUUGGGAUGGCCCAGCAUGGACGAGCAAACGAAUCAUUGUCUCUGCAUGAUAAGUAUUAUGGAGAUCCAGGUAGAUUUCGGCAAAUCAUCACAAAUCUCAUGGAUAAUUCAAUCAAGAAGAUCAUGAUGUUAGAUGUUGAUGUUGAUGUUGCUGACGCAUGCCAUGACCUCAUUCUACUUGGAAUCAACAUUUCGAAGUCAAUGAAGCUUGAGACCCAAACUUUGUGA